CUCAAGGUCAAGUUAGCAAAACCUUUUUACGGGAACUAUUUUGCAAACCAGUCAACUUUAUCUCUUUGGAGAGAAAUCUCACUAAUGUUAGCUUUAUUGGCAUUAUACUGGAAGAGAAAGUCAAACGGAAGAUUCGAGUUUUUGUCCGUUUAUUUAGGUGCUUGGUUGAUUUUUAUUGGAACUUUUCGGACAUUUUUCUUCGUGGCUUUCACUAAGUUCAGUGAACUUUUUAACUUUUACAGAAACCCAUCAACAGGCGUCUUCUUUUUAGGGCUGGUUACAAUUUGUCCUCUUCUUUCCACUUCUAUGUUUUUGAUUUUAAGAAGAGCCCAUAUAAUGAUGACUAAGAAAGCAAAAACCCAAAAGAAUUUUCAGCACUUUCUUAUUACUACAAGUUUUUUUUUUUGUUGCGCCUUCUUUCUUUUGGUAAAGAGGACACUAUUGUUUUCAUUUACCUCGCAAUUCUCUGUCUGGACAUGUUUUAACUGCCUCGGCUAUUUAUCUCUCACUGGAGUCCUCUUCGAAUUAAAACAUAAAAAAUUAACUUUCACAACUAUACUUUUUUUACUCGCCAGCAUUCAUAUUUACUUCAAAAAAUUUCAGGGCUUUCAAGACGAUUACCGAGUGUUGGCUGACAUUCAAGGGGAGGACACUUCCUUGAAAGUCGUUCAAUUUCUGCACGACAAUUUCACUGUUCGUCUAUUAAAAGUCGACCACUCUCACAUUGGUGGAGAGUAUGUUAAUUUACAGUUGUCAGCCUUUUCAAUCUUCCAUCUUCAAGAAUCUCUCUAUUUAGCUCAUCGAUCUCCGCAGCGUUUUCUUUCUAUCGGAUUGGGUGUCGGUGUUGUGGCGGGAUUUAUGCAAAGACAAGGCCUUCAGGUAGACGUCGUCGAGUUGGAUCCUCGCAUCGUUGAUCUUGCAACCACUUACUUUUCUUUUUUCAAAAAAGAUGCCGCUUCUGUUAGAAUAUAUAUUGAAGAUGUGGCGAAGUGGAUUAGAAGGCCGGAAGCAGAAACGAAUCGUUAUGACUUAAUUCUUCAUGAUGUCUAUUCUGGUGGCUUCGUGCCUCCGAAUUUAUUCACUAGAGAAUUUUUAUCGGCUAUCAGGAGUCUUCUAAGCGACGGAGGAAUUUUUUGCGUGAACUACUUCGGAUUUGUGAAAGGAGAAAAAGCCGUUGAUAUGCGCUUGCUUACCGCCACACUCCUCUCUCUAUAUAAAUUUGUGAGAUGUUUUGGCGAUGAGCAUUUACAGGCGACUUCUCCUUCAAAUUAUAUCUGCUUGGCUUCGAAUAAAUUCAUAAAGUUUCGAAAGCCCGAUCACAAGUUUUUCAAACAUUCACUCUAUCAGGGUCUCGCAACUUCCAUUGAGCAGUACGAAUUUCAAAUCGCUACUAAUUUUAGCGAAGAUCAAAUUAUCACUGAAGAAAAUUGUCAGCGGUUUUGGAUAAGCCAAAAAAACAGCGCACUAAAAUACUUCUUGUUAAUGAACAAAUUAUUUUCCAUCCAAACUUAUUGGGGCCCUCUAGCCUGAGCUUGUAAUAUAUUGAAUUUCCGUAUAAUAAAAUCUCUU